AUGCGUACGGUAUUGAGACUUCGUGAUGCGAUGGAUGUGAUAUAUGCGGAUGAAAAAGAUCUGAGUGGUAUCGGAAUGAGUCGACCUGAACAGAAACGAUUGAAAGCCGCCUAUCAAAAACUCUUUCCGAAAGCCACAAUUAUGGGCAAACUGAAGAAGAAAAUCCUCAGAAAAGGUAAUUUUCAAACUGAUUUAUUUUCUACAAAUCUGUUCAAUCAUCCAUUCGUUUAG